CAGCGGCAGCUGAGCGUAAAUGUUUAUGGGUUAAGUUGACUUGACAGUAGUUUGAUGUUCGAUUUUUUUAACGUUUCGUUUUACGCUCCAAAACGUCAGAUUCAGUAAUAAGAAUCAAGGAGGUUGGGUUAAUUUAACGGUUUCACGAACUAUUCACAAAAACUCGCAUUCUUGAUUCUCGGACCAAAAACUAUGUGCCUAGUGUUAGUUUCACUCUAAAUAAACCAGGAAGAUUGUGAUACCAUAUAGAAUUCCUGAAGAUGUCUAUGGUUGAUUUGGAAGCUUGGUUAAUUUAUCAGUGCGUCUGUGCAGAAUGCAGCGAAUGUCUAUGAUCUUUUGAUUUCUUAUUGUUGUGUGGCCUGAGAAGUUCUGUUAGUUGUUGUGUACAUUAUCAGUUGGAUACCGAUGGAAAGCAUGAAUCCCGAAGUUAUGACAGAAGGCGGUUUCAGAGCCCGCGACAUCAGUCUGAGAGCUCAAAAGAAACUUUUAUCCAAGAUGUCUGGCAAAAAUAUGUCCAGCCUCUUCUUAGAUGAGUAUUCGACAUCUCUAUUGGAUAAUUUAUACACAAUCGCAAAAAAAUUUUCGAGCGACAAAAAAGAAUCAGAAAAGUUGAUCAAGAACAUCAUCAAAACAGUUAUCAAAUUCGCAAUUCUGUAUAAAAACCAACUAUUAGACCCUGAACAGAAGGAAAGACUGAUCGUUCUGAAGGAGAAACUGAGGGGUCUCGCAAUGAAUAUCAUUACUUUCUACGACAUGGAGUUCACCUACGAUAGAAUAUUCCUAACUCAUUGCAUCACAGAGUGCCACAACAUUGUUAUGAGCAUUGCGCAAAUUCACCUAUCACCCAACAGUAUAGCACGCAUAAACAGAGUGUUCAACUUUUUCGGCAACGAACAAUUUUUGGAUGUUAUUUUCAACAGAAGCUCCGAUUACAGGGAACCACUUGGAAGGCUGGUGAAGGAUUUGCACCAUGCUAUUGACAACGAUCUCUUUUAAGGAUUUCACCUCCACUCGAUUUUAUUGGGAUGGGAAUACCUAAAGAUGAUAUGUCGUUUUAAUUUUUUUAAUCGUUUAGCUGAUGCGAUGGUGAUUUCGAUCAUUUCUCGGGUUUUUUCUAAUUUAUUUUGUAUGAUGGUGGGAUUUGUACGAUUUGUUGGUCCAUAAUGUUACGAAUUCGGUCAAAAGAUUAUUAGGACUGAUUUAAUGUU